AUGAUUGGAGGAGAUUUAGAUGAAUUGAGCCCUGCAUAUUCACAUGGUUCUUUUAGUCAGCUGAAUCUACAAGAAUUUCCUCCAGUUGAACAAAUUUCUACCUAUGAUUCAUUAGAUUUUUCAUUCAAUCCUAUUUCAUCAUUUAAAACUCUCCCAGUACUACCUCUACUUGAAGAUCUAGAUCUCCAAAGUACAAAUAUUAAGUCAUUUGAGUUUGCACAAUGCCAACCAUCUUUGAAAAUGCUUAAUUUCAAAAAUACACCAAUAGCUGCAUAUGAAGGUUCAAGAAUCAUGUCGAUUAUAACACUUGGUUCUUGGAUUGAAGAGAUAAAUCAAGAAAAAGUUACAGAACAAGAACAUCAGAUAGCAGAAAGGCUUUCACCGCGAGUUAAAAAGCUUUUAACAUCUGGGUGGAUCUUAACUGCUAUUAAUACACCUUAUUUAAUGAAUCAAAAUUCAAAUCAAUCGGGUUCCUUAGACGAAAUACUUAAAUUAGUCGAAAAUACUACUAAAAAUGAAUAUUAUAGUUCAUCGGAAUCAUAUUCAUCGCAAUUUGAAGAUGAUUUCCCAACAAAAAUUUUGACAAAUCAAAUUGAACAGGAUAAUUCAAAAGAAAGUUCAGAUAACCAAUUUGAUUACAAUGAAAUACCAUCAUUCAUCGAUAAAACUCAAGAUUCUUCAACUUCGGAAUCAGAAUCUUUCAAACAAGACAAUUUUACGAAUAAUUUCAAAGAAAUCGAUAUCGAUCUUUCUGAUUCAGAUUACAGUUAUGAAUCUUAUAUUGAAAUUGCAAAACCAUCAAUGAAUUCGAAGAAUUCCUUUCAAAAUCAACAAAAACAGCCACAGAAUCUCAUUGAUACAGCAUCAUUUGCUUCAAACAGUUUUCACAUGCAUCCAACAAUGAUAGAAAACAUUGAUGAAAUUAAUUUUAAUCUAGAUCAAAAAGAGAAACUGAAACCAAAGACAUUUAUCAAUCUUAAGAUAGAAGACCAACAGAAAUUGGAUGAAAUUCAAUUGGUUUUGGAAAUUUCGAAUUCAUUUUCUGUUGAAAUUCCAUUUAAACCGAAAUAUUCGAGAAAAAUCUCUCCAAUAUGUUCAUUCGAUACCAAAUCAAAGCCUACAACAAAGCCAAAGCUUCAAUGUUUCUUAACUGAAGCGAAAUCUAUAACUUACGAUGGAAAUUCCAUUAUGAUGCAAUCGAGUUCUAUUGCUAUGAGUGUAAACAGUGAUGAUGACUUCAAUUUGGUCAAAAAAAUAAAAAUACCAAAUCAAAAUCCAAAAAAUUAUGAUAAUUCAAAGCGAACCACAAGUUAUAAUGAUAAAAUAGAAGAUGAUGAAAGCAUUGAAACAGAUAUAGAAGAAGAUGAACAAGAUUUUUAUAAUUUCAGAAAAAUAUCAAACAAAAAAUCUAAAACAAGCACUUUAGAAACUAAUGACAAGCCACAAAAUGAAGAUACCCAAUUCCAAAAUCAUGAAUCUCCAACAAAUAAAAAAUCUCAUCAUAAAGCUCAAAAAAUUGACCAAUCUGUAGAUAAUAAUAACAGAUCUGAUAUCAAAGAAGAUAAAAAUAGUAGAGUUAAUGAUAAAUCAGAGAAUUUUGAAAAAAAUGAAAAUAAUUCUCAAAAUUCUAAGCAUAAACCAGAUAAUUAUCAUAUUAAUGAACCAGAACAUGAUAAAAUUGAGUCAAAUCCGACAAAUAAAGAUAAUAAUUUUGAUGAAGAAGAAGAUCCAGUGAUAGAACCAGGAAAAAGUAGUUCUUCUGAUGAAGAAAACACAACCAAAAAGGAAGAGACACCCAAAUCUCAUGAAAAAUCAAAUUUAGUUUCUGAAUCAGUUCAAACAACUGAAUUUCAACCAGAAAAUGACACAAACAUGCAAAACAUUAAGAAAGAAACAAUUCAUGCUGAUAAAUCAAUUAAUAAUGUUGAUGAAGACAAUAAAAUACAUCAAAAUAAAGAAGAAAUCAUUCAAGAUAUUACAAAAAGUGACACAAAACGUGACACCAAAAUUUCUAACAGUCAAAAUUCAAAAAGGACAAAAUCCAAGAAAGAAAAAAGAAUUUCUGAUUCAAAGAAAUCCGAUUUAUCAGAUGUUAAAUCAGUAGAUACCAUUCCAUCUUCUGAUUUUGUAGACAGAUUAAACAAAGCAUUGAGAGCUGUUGAUGAACCAUCUCCAAUCAUUCUAAACUCUUCUUCAGACAAUGUAAAAUCACCAAAAGAUAAAUCAUCAGAAUCAAAGAAAUCAAAGGUGAUAAAGGCACCUCCUUUACCAGUGCCAGACCCUGAAAUAGAAAGAAAACAUCAUCAUAGAAAACAUCAUAAUAAAACAGAAAAUAAACCAAAGAAAGAUAUUUCCGAAAUUGUUUUCCCUGAGAAAAUGAUUAAAGGUUUCGAAUAUUCCUAUGAAAAUACAGACGCUAAUAGGAAACAUAAAACAAAUAGAAAAAUAGAAGAUACAAUUGAAAUGUCAAAACCGCAAACAAAAGUGUCAAAUUCUGACAACAGACCAUUAUAUGUUCCGAGAAAGAGAUCUGUUGCUCCUCCACUUGAUGACAAUACAUCUCCUUUGUUUAAACGCCAGAAAGUUACAGAAGAUAUGUGGUUGAAUGAACAUGAAGAUGAAAAGCCGAUUCUCGUUGAAAACAAAUCAAGUGAUAAUAACGAAAGGAGAAAGAUUUCAAAUGAUUCGUUUCCAACGAUUAGAAGAACAUCUCCUAUAAGAAAUAGACAAAAUAGAGAAAUUGAAGUUGUUAAUGAUUCUUAUAAGAUUUCUUUCAAAUAA